AGCCUUUCUUGGGGUGUGCUGGUUACAUGUGGCUGUUGUCAGGCAUCCACCACAUCCUCAGCACAGACUAUUGCUCAUCCAGUCAAGGUAUGCUAUCCUGUGUGUGUGUGUGUGUGUGUGUGUGUGUGUGUGUGUGUGUGUGUGUGUGUGUGUGUGUGUGUGUGUGUGUGUGUGUGUGUGUGUGUGUGUGUGUGUGUGUGUGUGUGUGUGUGUGUGUGUGUGUGUGUGUGUGUGUGUGGUGAAAUGUCUUGUUUUGAUUCUCUCAAGUUGACCUCUUAAUGGUUAAAUGUAUAGAUUUGAGAGAAGCUUGGGAAUGCAUAGAGCCUUUUCAGGUUAAAUCAAAUCCAAUUUAGUUCGGGUGUACCCAAACUAAGUAUAAUGCCAUACAUGAUCAUCUUAUCGCUGGCAGACAGGUGUUUUGGGAAGAAAUAAUUUACUAUGUAAUAGGAAAAGGGAGGGUAAAUAGUUAACAUGAAUAUGGAUAUGAAAUAGGAUUAUAUGUUCAAGCUUUAGAUGGAGGCUAUCCUUAAUAUAUAUUUGUUCUAAAAUGUGACAAUUUAGAAAGACUUUAAGGAUAUAUUCUGGUCAGGAAUGAAUUGAUCAUCAUCCUAAUUCACACUGGCUUUCAGUGACAGCAACUGACAAAUAGCUAGCUACCAGAACCUGAUGCAUCAGAUCGGGUCAUUUAGAGAAGCUGAAGUGAGGUUACCAUGGAGACAGCUCUUCUUGGCUCAAAAGCUGGAAAACAAAUCAUGCUCUUUCUUUCCUUAGCAAAGCACAUCUGCGUAGCCCCAAGGUGUUGGCUGAUGGGUUUUCAGAAUAAGGCUAUAGCUUCCAUGUCAUUCACACAUGGUAUACCCUUUCACAUAGUAACACUCAUGUGACGUAAGACUUUUUUCCUUUCAUUUAUUUUAAAAGAAAAGCAUUGAAGUCCCAUAGUGGUCCUGUUUUCUUUCUUCUAAAUAAAACAAAGGGAUGAUUCUGACCACUCCUGGGAAAAGCCAACGGACAGUAAACAGAGGAUGUAAUUACCACUCACAUUUUACACACACAGACACAUAUACAUGUUUAUGUCUAUCAACAUAUUGUGUGCUAUGUAACGUCUCAGCCAUUAGCAUUCUAUUCACGCUGCAAAGGUUCCUUUCAUCUCACAGGUGUAGAAGCGCCCCCCGUCCCCGUCCCUGAGUCAUGACGGACAGACGACUGGUGUGCUGGGGCACGAUGCUGCUGCGUCGGAUCCCCCUGGACAACCGGCAGGUGGGCUCCCAGUUUGCCCGGUGCCUGACCACCCUGGACCUCAUCUCUCUCGGGGUGGGCGCCACCCUGGGUGCAGGGGUCUACGUGCUCUGUGGAGAGGUGGCCAAAGAGAAGGCAGGGCCGGCCAUUGCGCUGUGCUUCCUGAUAGCGGCCGUCUCUUCCAUCCUGGCGGGCUUGUGUUACGCUGAGUUCGGUGCCCGUGUGCCCAGGGCUGGCUCAGCCUAUGUGUAUUGCUACGUGACAGUCGGGGAGAUUUGGGCUUUCAUCGUUGGCUGGGUCCUCAUUUUGUCUUACAUCAUCGCCACUGCCAGUGUUGCACGAGCCUGGAGCUUGACAUUUGAUAACCUGGUAGGCCUGGCUAUCUCACAGUGGAUCAAAAACUCCAUUCCGAUAAACCUUUCCGGGACUAUAUUCUCUGAAUACCCUGACAUACUGGCUGUGCUGUUAAUCGUUCUGGUCACAGCACUGCUGUCAUUUGGCGUGAGCGAGUCGGCACUGAUGGGCAAGAUCUUCACGGGGAUCAACGUGACGGUGCUGGGGUUUGUGUUCGUCGCGGGCUUGGUGAAGGGAGACCGAGCAAAUUGGAGCCUUACUCUGGACGACUACAUCAAUGCCACCAAUGUUACAGACCCAGAACUUAUUGAGAAGGGAUUCGGCCUUGGUGGUUUUGCUCCAUUUGGCAUCCGUGGAAUCCUGUCCGGGGCAGCGACGUGCUUCUACGCCUUUGUUGGCUUCGACUGCAUCGCCGCUUCAGCUGAAGAGGCCCUGAACCCCAGGCAGUCCAUCCCCAUCAGCAUCGUGGCUUCACUGCUCUGCUGUUUCGUGGCGUACUCUGGGGUGUCUACAGCCCUCACCCUGAUGAUGCCCUACUACCUCCUAGACACGCAGACCCCCCUGCCCAAAGCCUUCGACUUUGUGGACCUGGCACACGGCCGCUAUGUGGUAGCUGUGGGCUCCCUGUGCGCCCUUUCAACAAGUUUGCUCGGAUGCAUGCUCCCCUUGCCACGUGUGAUCCAUGCUAUGGCAUCUGAUGGCCUGAUAUUCAGCUUCCUCUCGCAAAUUUGUGAGAAAACCAAGACGCCUUUGCUGGCCACAGUAAUAUCCGGUGUGGUGGCAGCUCCCAUGGCGCUGCUCUUUGACCUGGAUGUUCUGGUGGACCUGAUGUCAAUAGGGACUCUGCUAGCCUAUACACUGGUGGCUCUUUGUGUGCUUGUUCUCAGGUACCAGCCUAGUAUUCUGGAUGAUGGCCUCAAGACACGGACGUUGGCUGAGGCGGGCAGUGAUCAAAAGAUUCACCGUGAGGGAAAGGAACCUGUUAAAGAGCUUGUGGAGGCAUUCACACCAAUGAGACUGCUGCGACCCAAGACGGAAAUCCCCACCAACCUAUCAGGGAGCAUUGCUUACGGCACCACUGCUGUCCUGUUAGGUUUGGUCCUCAUUCUUUGCUCAGUUCUGGGUAUAUGCUGGAAUGAGUUGGUGCUGGGCCAGUAUUCAGUGGUUGCUAAUUGUGCCAUUCUGACCCUACUAUCAUUACUGUGCCUGCUCAUCAUUUGGCGGCAGCCUCAGACCGUAGAGGUAUACUCGUUCAAGGUACCACUGGUGCCUGUUUUGCCACUGAUCAGCAUCUUCCUUAACGUCGCUCUCAUGAUGCAGCUGAGCCUGAACAGUUGGAUUCCACUUGCAGUGUGGAUUGCAGUUGGCUUUGCUAUCUACUUCACCUAUGGAAUCAGGAACAGCUCAGCAAAGUUUGGAGGAGUUGGGACCUCAACGCCCCUCUCGACUGAAGAAAUGUAGAGGCAAGAGGAGAGCCAAGCAGAGAAACACAGAAAACCUUCAUAGAACUAUAGGUUGUUUGUAGUUGUUUGUAUAGACUCUUGAUUGAGCAUUACACACACACACACACACAAACACGCAUGCACUCUCUCGCACACACACACACACACGCACACUCGUGCGCACACACACACAUACUACACACACACACACACACACACACACACACACACACACACGGUUGAAAAUAGCCUACGACCUACAAGAAUAUCCUAAAAUGUAUGUACUCCCAAUAUCCUAAAAUGUAUCCAAAUAUUUAUCAAAGCUAGUUCUAUGAAUGUAUUGUGAUAUAGUAGGCCUACUGUUUUAAUAAAUAUGCAUUUGCUUAAAGGUU